GAAAUUUUGGCGGCAAGGAGAAAUAAAGAAUCAGUGGGAUUCCGCAUCAAUCGGUUGCCCAUUCAAUUCCCUAUUUUCUUUUAUUUAUUAAUAAUCUUCCAUUUUCCAUUUUCAUCUUCUUCAACACAUAACAAUCAUGAGAGAGAUCGUUAGCAUACACAUUGGACAGGCCGGCAUUCAGGUCGGCAAUGCAUGUUGGGAGCUCUAUUGUCUCGAACACGGAAUCCAGAACGACGGAUUCUUACAAGGAAGCGAGAGCACGGGAUCUACAGAUGAUUCCUUCAGUACUUUCUUCAGUGAAACCAGCUCUGGUAAGCAUGUUCCCAGGGCUGUGUUUGUUGAUCUGGAGCCUACUGUCAUCGACGAAAUCAGAACUGGAAGCUACAGGCAACUCUUUCAUCCUGAACAACUCAUAUCCGGCAAGGAGGAUGCCGCUAAUAACUUUGCUAGAGGACAUUAUACAGUGGGAAAAGAAAUUGUCGAUUUGUGUCUUGAUCGCGUGAGAAAGUUAGCUGAUAACUGUACCGGAUUGCAAGGAUUUAUGGUUUUUAACGCCGUUGGUGGUGGCACUGGCUCGGGAUUAGGAUCCUUGCUUUUGGAACGUUUGUCUGUCGAUUAUGGGAAAAAGCCCAAACUCGGCUUCAGUAUCUUUCCAUCGCCACAGGUAUCAACUGCGGUUGUGGAGCCGUACAACAGUGUGUUAUCAACGCAUUCCCUUUUAGAACACACGGAUGUGGUGGUGUUGCUAGACAAUGAAGCCAUAUACGAUAUAUGCAAAAGGGCUUUAGACAUUGAAAGGCCAACUUACAGAAACUUAAACCGUUUGAUAUCUCAAACCAUCUCAUCGUUAACCACUUCCUUGAGGUUUGAUGGAGCCAUUAACGUGGAUAUUAACGAGUUCCAAACAAACCUGGUCCCAUACCCACGAAUUCAUUUCAUGCUUUCGUCUUAUGCACCCGUGAUCUCUGCUGCACGGGCUUUCCAUGAGCAGAGCUCGAUUGCUGAGAUCACAAGUGCCGUGUUUGAGCCUGCUAAUAUGAUGGCUAAGUGUGACCCGAGACAUGGGAAGUAUAUGGCUUGUUGUUUGAUGUAUCGUGGGGAUGCUAUUCCGAAGGAUGUCAAUACUGCUGUUGGUUCUAUGAAGACCAAACGGACCGUACAGUUUGUUGAUUGGUGUCCUACUGGUUUCAAGUGUGGAAUAAGUUACCAACCGCCCACGGUGGUACCUGGGGGUGAUCUUGCGAAGACAAGACGUGCAGUCUGCAUGAUAAGCAACAACACAGCUGUUUCUGAGGUUUUCAAUAGGAUUGACCACAAGUUUGACCUGAUGUACGCAAAGCGUGCAUUUGUACACUGGUAUGUCGGUGAAGGCAUGGAAGAAGGUGAAUUCUCAGAAGCGCGUGAAGAUCUUGCUGCUCUUGAAAAGGAUUACGAGGAAGUUGGUCAAGAUGCCGAAGAGGAACAGGAAGAAGAAGAAGAGUAGCAGCUGGUGCCUAUUUGAGCAUACAGGAUCUGAAGCUUUGCCCGGAUGAAGCUCGAUCGGUUCUUGAAAAUUUGUCGGGCUUUGAAUAAAUUCGUCAAAAGCUUUGAUCUUUAAUUUGUACGUAUUUGUAUAAGUUUUUUUUAUUCUUGAUUCGUUUCAGGUGUAUGCAAAAAUAAAAUCAAACCUUUUAAAGAUCAAAAUAAUGUAAUUGAAAUUCCUAACUAGCAAUUAAAUAUUUUUUUUAAAGUAUUAUAUUAA